AUCCACUUCUCUUGCCUUCUCCUCCUUGGUGAACAAGGUCGACCUCCAUCCCACCACCAUGUCCUGCUACGAUCUGUGCCGUCCCUGUGGCCCAACCCCACUGGCCAACAGCUGCAAUGAGCCCUGUGUGCGCCAGUGCCAGGACUCCCGGGUGGUGAUCCAGCCCUCUCCCGUGGUGGUCACCCUGCCUGGACCCAUCCUCAGCUCCUUCCCCCAGAACACCGCUGUGGGCUCCAGCACCUCUGCUGCUGUUGGCAGCAUCCUGAGUGAGGAGGGAGUUCCUAUCUCCUCUGGUGGCUUUGGCAUCUCUGGCCUGGGCAGCCGCUUCUCUGGCAGGAGGUGCCUGCCCUGCUAAGGAUGAGGUGGACAUCCCAUGAACCCAUUGCCCAGGAAGCCUGAAGCCAGGUGUCAGACUGAGGACAGAGCUGCUGGCCAUCAUUUCCAGAUGUGCUGAGCAUCUUUGUGACCUUCUGCAAAGCAGAGAGGGAAGCUGGGUUACCAGCUUGUGCUGUCUGGAAACAUGGCCAGCAGAUGUCUUCUUCUCCUGCUUUCUUCUCAUCAUCACAAGACCUCAUUGUCUCCUGCUAUCCUGUGCUGUGGGUUUAUCCUGAAGCAAGUUGAGGUGGCCUUGCUUCUUUCCCCUCUUGCCUUGUGAGGGAGGAAGAUGUACAUCUCAUUUUGAUGAAUUUUGCCAGGAAAUUGCCAAUCUGUUAUUCAACUGUCUUUGUAGCAGCUUUAAACUAUGCACUGCUUUGUUUCUGUCUUUGGACUCAAUAAAAUGUAUACUGCAUUGUAA